UUAAAUUAAAAUCUUCUGAUUAUAAUAUCGAAGUUAGAAGAGUUAUUGUCGAUAUUAUUAAAUCACAAAAUUAUUUAAAACAUUUUUCUAUUGAACAUAUCAACAAAGAUGGGAUAGAACCAAUCAUUCUCUCAUUAAAGAAUCAUACUAUGAAUUUGGUUUCUUUACGUCUAUCUCAUGUUCAAUUUACGGAAUCUAGUAUAAGUUUAAUUUCACAAUUUAAUAAUUUAAAUUCACUUAUAUUGGAUAAUUGUGAAGGUCUUUCUAAUGAAAUUCUUUAUUCUCAUUUCCUUCUUAGUAAAUUAGUUAUUAAUUCACGUCAGCAAGAUAUUACUUUACCUUUGUUAAAAAAAUUUGGUAAAAAUUUAAAAUCUCUUGGUCUCAGUAUUUACGAUUUAGAAAUUGCUGAUAAAUUAUUAAGUUUUUGUCCUCAAGUUAACGAAAUCUAUUUAAAUAUUUGUGUUGAAAAGACUGAAAAAUAUUGUGAUUAUGGAGAAUUAAAAAAAAUGGAAGAAUCCUGGAAAAAUGCUAUUAAAUCUGCUUACUCUCAUAGAAAAAUUUCAGUUCUUUGAAUAUAUAUAUAUAUAUAACAAAGACUCCUUUGAUCUUUUUUCAAAGAAAAAAUACGACGAAUAACAAUAGAGUUAUAAAUGUAUAUUCGUACCUUUACUCGAAUAACUUUUUUUUUUUACAACGAACGAUGAAUUAUUUCGAAUUCACAUUUUACGACGGGAAAAUCUGAAAACAUUUCAUUGGCAAAAUCAUUAACUUUAAAGUCGACAAACAUUUUAAAAAUCUUUAUAUAUGUUGAAGCAAAAAAUUAAAAUUUUUUGCUGAAUUAAUUGUUUUAUAAUUACUUUAUGAUAAUUUUACAUACAAAUAAAAAUAAGCUUAGUUUAGAUAAUAAUAAUAUUAGU